ACUCAUCUCUCUACAUUGAUCACCAUCUCCCAACUAUCAUGGAGCUUCAAAACCCCUAUUUUCUAAUCCUAUUUACCAUCUUCGUCUUCACCUUCAUUGCAUUUAAGGGUUCCUUAACCAAGAAAUCAAGUUUAAGGUUACCACCAGGGCCAUGGAGGCUGCCACUUAUAGGAAACAUGCUCCAUUUCAUUGGCGUUUUGCCUCAUCGCAAGCUAAGAGAUUUGGCAAAUAAAUAUGGUCCUGUUAUGUACUUACAACUCGGCCAAAUUCCAACUGUUAUCAUUUCUUCGCCUGAAGCCGCUCGAGAAGUGAUGAAAACUCAUGAUGUUAACUUCGCUCAAAGGCCUGCUGUUCUUGUUGCAGAUAUUAUAGCUUAUGGUUGCACAGACAUUGUGUUUGCACCAUAUGGGUACUACUGGAAGCAGUUGCGAAAGAUUUGCAUUAGUCAACUUUUAACUCCAAAAUCUGCUUUCAGAUCAAUCCGGGAAGAGGAGGUGUCCAAUCUUGUUCGAUGGAUUUCUUCAAGGGCAGGAAGAACGAUUAAUCUUAGCAGAGAAAUCUUUUCGAUGACGUUUGGCAUCACGACGAGAGCGGCGUUUGGAGGAAAAAUGAAAGAUCAAGAGGCAUUCUUAUGUGCUAUUCAAGAAGGUAUAGAUUUGGCAGGAGGUUUCACUGCGGCUGAUGUGUUUCCUUCCUUCGAAUUUAUUGACUCAAUCAGUGGGGUAAAGAGUAAAAUUAAGGAGAUUCAUGACAGAGUUGAUAGAUUGUUUGACGCCAUUAUCGAUGAGCAUAAAAGUAGAAGGGCAACAAGGAAGACAAAUGAGCGUGAAGAGGAUGAUGAUCAUAAAGAUUUCUUAGACGUUCUUUUGAACUUGCAGAAUAAUGGAGACCAUGAAUUCACCUUAAGUAAUGACAACAUCAAAGCAGUCAUCGUGGACGUUUUCACUGCUGGGAGUGAUACAUCUUCUACAACUGUAGAAUGGGCAACGUCAGAAUUGCUAAAAAAUCCAACAGCCUUGGAGAAAGCACAAGCAGAGGUGAGGAAUGUGUUCUGUAUGAAAGGAACAGUUGAUGAAGAAGGCCUUCAUGAAUUGAAUUAUUUGAAGGCAGCAAUCAAAGAAUCUAUGAGAUUACACCCCACUGCUCCGUUGCUACUUCCAAGGGAAUGUAGGAAAAGCUGUGAGAUUUUCGGUUACGAAAUACCUGUCAAGACUAAAGUUUUGGUAAAUGCAUGGGCAAUAGGGAGGGAUCCCAAUCAUUGGAGCCAAGCUGAGAAGUACUAUCCUGAGAGAUUUCUAGACAGUUCAAUUGAUUACAAGGGGGCUCAUUUUGAAUUCAUCCCAUUUGGAGCUGGAAGGAGAGUUUGUCCUGGCAUAACAAUGGGUGUAGCCAAUGUGGAGCUUCCAUUGGCCCAGUUGCUAUAUCAUUUUGAUUGGAAACUUCCCAGUGGAGAAAAGCUAGAAGAUCUUGACAUGAGUGAGGGUUUUGGUCUCGCAGUGCGAAGAAAAAAUGACCUUGAAUUAGUUCCAGUUCCUUAUCAUCCUCUGUCUCCUUGCUAAUUGGAGAAAUUAUAUGC